AUGCCGGCGCUGUCGGAGCAGGACAAGCGCGGCAUGAACUGGGCCGUGGAGCACGUAAUCGACUUCAUCGCGGCGUCCGUCAUCCGCAAUACCAGCGACGUGCACGACAAGCCCUGGCUGCACGAGCCCAAUGACAUCGCACCCAAGUUUACCGCUACGGUGGAGAACCCGGAGGGCGUACGGAGCUUUGAGGAGACCCUCGAUGCCCGCCUGGCGUACUACAACAUGACGGUGGACCACUGCAAUGCCGUUGGCAAGCCUGUGGACGUGGGCAAGCAGAAGCUCGAGUCCACGGAGAACAACCCGCGCCCGACGCGCGCCGACUGCGUCGAGUCGGCGCCGGGCAAGUACCCGAUCGAGUCGGUGACCACCAUGAACAUAGUCGUCAAGGACGACAAGCUGCUGCUACAGCUUUAA